AUGGUCGACGACGCCAUCUGCGAAGAUAUUCGUGCCCUCGCCCGCCCUCUGCCGGAUGAUAACAUCGCGCCAACGGAACUCCUGCCCAAACGAGACGAGGUGGAGCGCGCCAAUUUCCGGCGUCUGUCCACCCUCAAAGGACAAGCGCACGAGUACAUCUCCGACGAUCAUGGCCUGUUACAAGGCGCGCCGCUGGUCGCCAUGCUCAAUAACCUACCCGCGCUGCAAAAGCUAUCGCUCAAGUACAGCGCCCAGGUGAUGCUGGUGAAGAAUGUGGACGAGAACUUCGUCAAUGGAUCUCUCGGUCUCGUCGUUGGCUUCACGCGUGUCAACUCGACCACUCCUAGCAUGCCUUCGCCCCAAGCGCUUGACUCGGCGGGCGCUACAUCCAGUCCCAACAAAUUUGGCCUCAUCGGUAAAUAUUACUGCCAAGGAGAAAUGUACCCGAUCGUCGAGUUCAGCACUCCAGCGGGCAAGCGGCGCAUGAUUGUCGCGCGGGAGGAGUUUCAGUUGGAAGGCGAGGACGGAAGGGUACUUGCGCAUCGUACACAGGUACGAUGUCUGUCGCUGACUGUCGUGCGAUCGUGGCGUAUGCGUGGCUGUGGGCUGGUACUGAGUUCUGGCCGACGACAGGUCCCUCUCAUAUUAGCUUGGGCGCUAUCGAUACACAAAAGUCAAGGUCAGACACUAUCACGGGUCAAAGUGGACUUGAACCAUGUCUUCGCCCCCGGCAAGUGCUUGCGCGUGCAUAGUGAGGCUGGAGAAGCAUGCUCACAACUCCUUCAGGUCAGACGUAUGUAG